UCUUCUUAUGGCCUUCAUGUAGAGCCCAUGGAUCUUGAUCUGGAAACUGGUCUCGUGGGACUGAAGUCAGUUCUUCCAGCCGUUUGUGACGGGCAACAAGCAAGCUGGAUCCAAAGUUGGUGGAUCCAUUGGUACCCGAUCCGUUGCUAAGAUGCAACAAACACUGCGUGCGCUGUUCCCUGAAAGACAGCAUAUGUGUGCAAGGCAGGAGACUGCCUCUUUGGGCUAGCACAGGCCCAUCGCCAGCAAACCAGCAGCGGGCAAAUUCCUCGUCGGCUCUCCACUCCGGCGCAGCCCUUGCUCCCCUAAACUUCCUUUGACCACCUCACACUUCACUUCCUGACUGGUCCGACCCAAGCCUGCGAGCCGGGGUCGCCUGGAUGCUCUCUGGUCACUCUCCGCCGCACCUCCCUCAAUUUUCCCAUCCCACUCCACACAGACCGCCUCUCAUCUUCCUCCAAUUCACCAUCUGACAUCUGGCAAUCGGCGAGUCGUCCGCUCUGCUGCGCUGUCGACCAAACCCAACCAGACAAACCCUCGCAAUCCACAAACCCGACGUCGCUAAGCUGCAGAGGGACCUGCUUUGCUGCACCCGCAACCGCACAAUGAACGCUGUGUUGUCACCGCAACCACCGAUUUUCCCUCAUCAGCACGAAACCACCCGGAUCUCGCCCUCUCGAUCCAUGUCACCAUAUAACAACAUGGCAUCCAGAAAGAGGAAGGCCGACGACGAUAAUGACGACAUGUCGGUCUCGCCCCUGAGCUCGCCAGCCCUUCCAUCCAGACCGAUUGUCAGGCCGUCAAAAAAGAUCCGACAAGCCAACGACGACGUAGCCGCCCGCCCGCUGUCACUUCCCCGUCUUCUCGAAACUCUCACCAACGACCAACUCCGAACAGUCCUCCAAACCAUCUGCGAACGACACCCCGAUAUUGGGCACGAGGUGGUCACUAGCGCGCCACGACCGACCGUCGCCUGUGCGCUCGAUAUCUUGGCCGGGUACCAGGAGAAGCUACACGAUGCAACUCCACUUGGCCAUACGAACUCCGAUUAUGCCUAUUUCCGAGUGAAGCAACAGCUGGGCGCCCUCCUCGAUGCCAUUUCCGAUUUCACGUCACAAUUCCUCCCGCCGUUGGAGCAGCAGACAAACAUAUCAUUGCAGUUUUUGGACGGUGUCACCAAAGUCAUUCACGAACUCCCCGACUGGGAAAACCAAUCACAUCGCCACCACAAGGAUGCUGCGUACGAUGAGAUUUCGGCGGCAUGGGCACUUGUCAUCACGGAAGCUUCAAAAAGAGGCGGAGGUUUUAUCGUUCAUACCGGAGGCUGGGACCAGAGGCUAGUAAAGCACAAUCAACAGUCAGGAGGCAAAAUGGGACAGGCCAUCAACGCCUUGGCGGUGGAAGUCGGAUGGCAAGGACAGAACCCGAUUACCGAUACACCGGCUCCGUCAGGGAGGGACCCUAACUCGAUCUUGAACCAGCUUAUUAACGGUGCAUACGGUUCACCCGUUCGUGUUGGACCUUGGUAAGUAGCAACAAACUAGGUUGCUACUUCACCGGUUCUUACAUUUAAAGAAGGGGCGUAAAUCUUUGUGACGAAAAGCCUUUGCGACAAUUUUCUUUACUAGCUAUUUCCACUCUCGGGAAACGAAGGAUUCAGGGGCGACAAGGGAUAGACUUUGGGGUGCUGGUCAUGGGGCGAGGGGUUCUGGCUUUUUAUUAUUUUUCUUUUUCUUUUGUUUGUUUACGCACACACACUCGGCGUUUUGCUGUUGUACUCCUUUAUUAUCGAUAUCCAGACAACAAGAUUUUUCCUUUUACUUACUCAUCACCAUGUACAGGGCAGGACGCAAGCAGGACCGAUAAGGGUUUAUUCAUGGCUUUGAGCCAUGGGAAACCUGCUUGCUGAGUUCUUUUCUUUUGUAUUUAAGUAUCCUUCUUAUGUCUUUCGGUGUCUUUGGCUUGGAAUUAUUGUUUAAGGGGAGGGUAUGUACCGUGGCGUGGGUACAAUGGGUGGAUGGGAAGCAGCUCAGAAACUUUGUACGAAAACUGAUGUUGCUUUGUUGUCUUUGCAGCCCCUUGCUUCUGGUGAUUGUGGGCUGUGGUGUAUGCAGAAGUACUUUUCUCCAGGCUGCUUCAGUUUUAUGGCGGUGGAUCUGUUGAUGUGGAUUUGUUUUACCUUCAAUGUCUGGUUUGGUCUCUCUCUGUACUGGACUGGUCAUGGUGGACAAGAGUGGUGGUCGGCAUGCUGACCGACCAAGAAGGAUGGUCUGGAGUCUUGCUUCACAUAUAUAUAUCUAAAUAGAAAAUAUCCGUUUAGCUUCGUUUAGUGAGUUGUGGUGAUCAAUAUAGUGAUUCCUUAUGGGGAUAUGACGGUUCAGACGGUUGGUUUGGGGAGUUUGAAACACAACUCCCGAUCUACGAAUGGAGAGAGAAGAUGGAAAAUAACUGAAAACUUGGCUGGCUGUGCGUUUCAGUUGUUGGGGUAUUGGGGGGAUCAACGGAUAGAAGGUUACUGGCUAUGCUAUGGAGAGUCUUUACCCGGUUCAGAGCUUGUGGGUGUUGAAACAAGAUGUAAACCAUCAUGUUGUCAAUAGAAAGUCACCAACUG